AUGAAUGGACUUGUGGUUAUCAAUGCAGCUCUAUUUGUCCUCACUGCAAUCAGUGCUGCAGGUGGUUCGUGGUGUUACCAUGAUCCUAGCUGUGAUGACACCACUUGGUCCACCAUUGCCUCAGAACAUUGCAAUGGAUCGCGACAGUCUCCCAUCAACAUCGUCUCUGCAUCAGCAGUGGGCGAUGAAACCCUGACUGCCUUCACCUUCACCAAAUACGGAGACAAUUAUACAAUGAACAAGAUCAAGAACACUGGCAAAACAGUCAAAGUCAAGCUGACGAGUGGAGUCCAGGUUACAGGUGGGGCACUGUCUGAGGCCUAUGACAGCCUGCACUUUCACCUCCACUGGGGGAAUGGUACCUCAGUACCUGGGUCAGAGCACACAGUGGAUGGAACCCGCUACCCCAUGGAGUUGCACAUAGUAAAUGCAAAGUCUUCGCACAACGGUAACACGACCAUGGCCUUUACAGACAGCACGGGACUCGCUGCUCUUGGCUUCUUCAUAGAGCCCGUACCAGGCAAUGUGACUGGUUCACCAGCAGCCUGGAAUACUCUGACAUCCUACUUGGCCAACAUCACACUAAAAGAUGAUAUUGUGAACAUUACUCAUGCUAUUUCAUUGGAUGAGCUCCUGGAAGGGGUGGACCGUACCAAAUACUACCGUUACCUUGGCUCCCUGACCACUCCAAAUUGCAACGAGGCUGUGGUUUGGACCGUGUUCAAGGACCCUAUCAAAGUCAGCCAGGACUUGAUUGAUCUAUUCAGCACAACAUUGCACAUUGACCACAACUCCACCUCUGACUUGAUGACCAACGUCUUCAGAAACAAAAAGCCUGUCAACGGCCGGGUGGUGACAACCCAGGGCAGCUCAUCCACAGCCCUGCCACCGUCGGGAGCCUCUACAACGAACUCCUCUCUGGGCCUCAUGGCCCUGGCCUGGAUGCUGCUGAUGGUUUAG